UCACUUCAUAAUUAUGUAUUGAAUGAGACAUAGGCAAAUGGUCACAUCUGGCUCUGAAACUUGUGAAGCCACAUUUUAAGUAACAAAGUUAAGAUUUAAGAAUAUUAAGAUAUCGAUGAGUUAACAACUUUCGCUUCAUAGAAUAAUAGACAUAGGCAGAUGUUCACAUCUGCCUCCGAAGCCUGUUGAAGCCACGUUUUAAGUAACAAAGAGAAGGUUAAGUGUAAAGCAGAUGUGAUUUACCAUAGAUAGCCCCAGAAAAUAGGAAUCUGCUUAGACUAUCGACAUUUGUCCCUAACGGUCAUAAUAUAAUCCUUGAAAGAAUUAAAGAAACAGCAUCAGUCCCCCACCAAAUUCGCUCUCUCUCUCCAAUAUUUAAUCUUCCCUUUUAAUCAGUCUCUUCACAUCCAGCAAAUCCGCACGUAUCAGACUUGUUCAGCAUCCCUCUCUUUCUCUCUCUGCCAUUUUUUUUCCAUAUCUCUUUCCCUAGCUAUAUCAUCACCAGCAAAGCCAUUAUCUUUUUCUUCUUCUUGGUUUGUCUUGUAGAUUUGAAACUCAUAUUGUUUUUCCAAUAUUUUGAUGCUUGAAAUAUGACCCUUAAGGGUGGCACCAGCCAGGCCUGUGCUGCGUGCAAAUACCAGAGGAGAAAGUGCUCCUCUGAGUGUCCUUUAAAACCUUACUUCCCUCCUGACCAACCUCAGCUCUUUCAGAAUGCCCAUAAAUUAUUUGGUGUUAAAAAGAUAACUAAGUUACUCGAUAAUAUUGAUGCCUCUCAACGGGAAGAGGCAAUGCGUUCUGUUAUCUAUCAAGCCAAUGUUCGUGAUAGGUUCCCUGUUCAUGGUUGUUGGGGCAUAAUUUGUCAGCUCCAUUACCAGAUUAGGCAGGCUGAAGAAGAGCUCCAUGCUGUUCAUGCACAGCUCGAGAUGUACAGGCAACAUCAACAGCAUCAGAUUUCUUCUUUAACUGAUGAUGUCCCUUCACAAUUACAAUUAGGGAUGGCUCCUCCCAGUAAUGCCCUUUCGCUUUUUGGUCACACUACCUCUCAGCCUUACAAUGCUUUGCCUGUUUCGCAGCAGCACUCCUACUCCAAUAGCAGCAAUCCUGGUUAUAGUUCUGGUUACUUAGAUUCUAAGGAUCAAUUAGGCAAUUCCAUGUGGGUUCAGCAUCCGUAUGCAACUACCAAUAACAAUAAUACCAAUCCUAUGGCGAUUCAAUCUCAGUUGGUUGCCUCACAGCCAUUAGCAAUCCAACAAGAAGUUGAUUAUGAUGAAAUCCAUCCAUUUUUCGAUACUAUUGAUGAUAGGCAAUCCUACAUUGAUUCUAAAGAGGCCUAUGAGUCAAGCUCUGAAGAAUCAUUUAAGGACACAACACAAUCCAUUGAGCAUGUUGCUGAGAAUGAAUUGAAGAGUGCUGCUGCAUGCUUCAGUCUUACCAGUGUCAAUUGAUUAGUAAGCUGGAGAAAAGUAUCGAGUUUUCAAUUGUUUUUCCCUUUUUUUUUUCCCUUCCCCUUAAUCACACGAUAGAGUACAUUCUAUAAUUUUGAACUUCUAUUUUCCCUUUUCUUUUUUUUUUUUUUUGUGGAACUUUGAGUUUCUACAAUAGAUUUUAGAAUCAAUUGUUCACUUUAUAAUGUCUUGUUGUUUUCAAUAACUGUAAUCAUUUUUGAAUGACCGUAUGUCAUCAAAUACCGAUCAUAAUCAAAGUAUAGAGUGCAUAUGUAAAGGGAGAAAACACAGUCAUAUCUCAAAAUUACUAAGC